UAAGAGAAAAUCCUGGAUGUGACUGCGGUUUGGACACAAGGUUAUAAGUAGAGGCCACAGGUGGGCCGACCCGUCCUGUAAGGCAACGUUGUUCACAUGCUCUCGCUGACAGCGGUCACCUUUGCCUCUGCGCUGCUACUGCUUCCCGAGCCAUGCACCCCCAGCGUCCUCUUCCUCAGGCCAUGCCCUCGUCCUCGUUGGGGCAGCACCUGCGGGACAUGACCAUGGGUCUGGGUCGGGGCAAGAACUUCCUGGGAGGGAACGUUGCCUACGGUUUCGUCCAGUCCAUUAAAGAGUGCCUUUAUUUCCUCCUCUGCUGCUGGUGCAUCAAGGAGAUCCUGGACUGAACGAAGAAAGUAGAAGGCGAACAUAUUUAUUUUUACACAUUUGUCAGCGGCUCUGCACGAUGCCUUUUCGAUCUGCAUUUGUUUCGGGGCGUUAGGAGGACCAUUCUGGGAAAUGCUGUGGAUGCCCGUUUUGCUCGAAUGGGUUUAAUAUUUCAGAGGGUGACUCUGAAGAUCUGGGAUUUCUUGGAUUAUGCCGACCUUAUUUUUCCUCGAUGUGCCAAAGAAAAAUAAACUAAAUGUUUCUACCUUCA